AUGGGUUUUAUUUCUUCUCUCCUAUGUUGCUCGACUUCAAAACCAGUGGAAAAUAAGAAGGGUAGCACGAGUGGUGUAAUGCCAUCUGUUUCUAGGAAGAAGGCAUACGCGGGGAACAAAAACAGGGCUUGUCGAAAGUCUAGGAGUCAGGGGUCCUGUAAACAGGCGUCAGGAUAUUCGGCAAUAUCAGGUUCGGGGAGGCCAAUAAGUAGCGGUGAUUUGCAACCAGAAGCUCGUGAAUUUGCCUCCCCUUUAUCUCGCGGGAGAGAUACAGUGUCUUUGCUGAAGAAAGCAUGGCUUUUAGAUGAUGAUUCAACUGUAAUUACAUCUUCCGUCGCAAGAUGCACAACCAGCUGCCGUCGUCGUUCAGCUAGUGACGCGGACUUGGAUAAAAUUUUAGAAGCUGAGGAUCUGACUUGUGCCUUAAGGAGCAGAGGAGGUAAAGAAACCCUUUAUGGCGAAGGAGAACCCGAUAUCAACCAGAUGGAUGGGAAUUCCGAGGAACUAGUGAGUUACGGGCAAUAUCUAGAGAACGGCAAUGAAGAAGAAAAUGAUUUAGAGGAUGGUGAUGCAUCUAGUGGUAAGGAAACAUUUUUUGGAGAUAAGCAAACCGUAACAGUUUAUCAAGGAGAGACUGAUACUAGUACUGGUACCACUGAUAAUGAUAAGCACGACGGUAUGAGCAACAGCAUUCACGAAGUCACGACUAUAGUAAAUGACGCCGAGAACUCAAGUAGUGGAGAUGACUCUAACCUUAUCACCCAGCAUACGCAGGUUCUACCAGAAGAACAGCAACAGCGAUUAUCGAACAAUUCUCAUGCUUACGAUCUUGAUGUCGAGAUAGUUACAGGAGCUGAGUAUGAGGAAGAUGUGAUUUUAGAUUUAUCUGCUUUGCAGCCUGAACAGGCUCAUGCUCCAGGAUUUCGUACGUUAUUGCCUCCACAGUUCCCCCAAUUUUACCGCAGAAAAUGUUUGGUACUUGAUUUGGAUGAAACCCUAGUACAUUCUUCAUUCAAAUAUUUGCAUACUGCGGACUUUGUAAUUCCGGUUGAAAUCGAUAACCAGGUUCACAAUGUUUAUGUUAUAAAAAGACCAGGGGUUGAUGAAUUCCUCAGAAGAGUUGGUGAGCUCUACGAGGUAGUGGUUUUUACAGCAAGUGUAUCAAGAUAUGGUGAUCCUUUGCUUGAUAUUCUGGAUAAGCAUAAUGUAGUCCAUCAUAGGUUGUUCAGAGAUUCCUGCUACAAUUAUGAGGGCAACUACAUAAAGAAUUUAUCUCAGAUUGGGAGACCGCUAUCAGAUUUAAUUAUAUUGGAUAAUUCGCCUGCAUCAUAUAUCUUCCAUCCACACCAUGCUAUCCCUAUAUCUUCAUGGUUUUCCGACGCUCAUGAUAAUGAGUUGUUAGAUAUUUUACCCUUAUUGGAAGACUUGGCUUCGGAUAAGGUACCUGAUGUGGGAAGGAUCCUCGACGUUACCAUAUGA